UUGUUUUUCACACCGGUCACACUGUUUCAACCCAAACAAAGUAAAAAAAAUAAAAACAAUUUGUUUUCCGCAAUUCUAGGACAAAAUUGUCUCUAAGUGGUUAUAAAUAAAAGCCACAAUGUCCGAUUAUGACAAUGUACGCAUAAAAAAACUAGUGUUAAAGGGAGAAAAGCACAAAAAGAGUAAGAAACGCAAGAAGGAUAAAGACGAAAAGGAAACUUCCAAAAAGCCAAAGGUUCAAGUCGACGAAGACGCAAUCGAUCACGGCGGCUGGUGGGCAGCGAAGGCCGCAGUGGAUCUGACCGGAACAGUCGCUAUAGAAUUUGGUAAUCGCUGCUACCUGAAGGCCCUGGACAAUGGUCUGUUUACCCUGGGCGCCCCUCAUGGCUCUGGUGAAUCGCCAGAACCGGAGGAGAUUUUCACUGCAUUUCCCAUCAACGAACGAAAAGUGGCCUUCAAAUCGGGCUACGGAAAGUAUCUAAAAAUUGAAAAGGAUGGUAUGGUUACGGGACGCUCAGAGGCCGUUGGGAGCAUGGAGCAAUGGGAGCCAGUAUUCGAGGAUAAUCGAAUGGCUUUGCUGGCAGAAACCGGACACUUUAUGUCCAUCGAUCCCGAAGACGAUGCAUGUGUGGCCCUGCGCAAGAAGGUGGGAGAGCAUGAAGUUUGCAAAGUUCGGAGCAAUGGAGCAAGGGACGUUGUCGUCGACGAGGAGCCCAAAGAAGAGAAGGGCGACUUGGGGGAAGUUGAAAAGAAUUAUGUGAAAAAGUUCCAAAAGUUUCAGGACAAAAAGAUUUUGAUCAGCAAAAACACGCUAAAAGAGCUCGAGGAAGCCAAGGCACAAGGAUCCCUGCAUGAAACUCUUCUGGACAGACGUAGCAAAAUGAAAGCCGAUCGUUAUUGCAAGUGAAGGAAGCUUGAUUCUAAAACUUGACUACUUAAAAAUUGUUCUAGUGCUUUUGUUCAUGCUGAUUGAUGACUAAAUCUGCAUUUAAUUUUACAAAUAAAUGUGGCCUCGUAUAUGUUGCAAAAACUGUAAA